CCAAAGUAACCCUUUACAUUAUAGAUAAAACAAAAUGUCACUGCUGUAACCAAUGCAUAAUCUACAUAGCUUUUGAUUGUGAUUUGUUAAAUUGCUGUCAAAUUUUUUAAGUAAUAAGGCUAUGUCGUGUGUUACAAUUUGUGACCCUUUGUAUAAUAUCUAGUAUUCUGAAUCAGUUCUAAGUGAUUCAUUUAUAUUGAGAAAUUAAUAUGGUGCAUACCAUGAGCAUAAAGUAUGGAACUCAUUACUUGAUGUACCUUAUCUGCUGCAACUUUCUGAUAUGAGGGGUGCGACAUUUCGAUUCAGUUAUCUGUUGAAUAGCAAGCACAAGAUAAUUGUUUGCCUCCACCACAUUUGCUCCACUUUCAAGUUUACCACAUACAAACAGUUCAUACAACUAAUGAUACAAGGAUUACCGUUAGAAAUACAAGUCAAACUAUUACGACUAGUUCCAACUAGUGAACUCAAGCAUGUCAAUUCCCAUUUCUAUAUUUUAUAUAAUGACCUUUAUUAUGCCAAAAUCAUAGAAACAUUUGGGGAUGACAUUUUGGGAGUUCUCUUAAAGAUUUUGCCGUGGUUGAAGGAAUAUGUCAAGAGUUUGGAUGUCUUCAGAAAACAGUCUAGGCAAUUGAUCGCUUCAAGAUUGAAGUUAACCUCGACGGCUUCGAAUGAUUUAAAUCCCUUGCAUUGUAUUUAUAUUAAAGAUUCAUGGAAAUAUAUCUAUUCAAUCCUUAAGAACAAAAGAUUAUUUGCAGAAUAUUCAGAUUAUAAAAUAGAUGAGCCUUCUAACUAUGUCUAUAAUCAUUUUGUUGAAAUCAAUAGAACUUAUUUAUUAUCAUAUAGAAAGUCGUUAUGGCUAGCUCCAGGAACCUAUAAUCUUAAUAUAGGAUUGGUAGUGAAACAUGGAAGCGGAUUGGGUACUACAAAGUUUGAAGUAAAGUUUGAGAAUGAACUCACCGAACCUACAGUUCAAACGUUUUAUCCACAGACCAAUAUUAAUGAAAUACUUCCAAAAAAACAGUUCUGUCUUCUUAAACUUGGAGAAAUCAAUUUACCGAAGUGGAGUAAACACAGAAAAUUAAAUGGUGGUCCUGGAUAUCAUAACAAACUAUACAGAGUGGAACUAGUGAUGGAGGAAAUAGGAUUGUAUUUAAAAUCGGGGUUUAGAAUAUUUUUCAUCGACAUAUCUCAACCGUCUGUUUUAUUUAAUGAUUAUGAUCUACUAUAUUAUACAGCCAAUCAAGCAGACUAUCGCUAUUUCAUUAAUAUUCCUUUGAAAAAUCUUUAUAAGGCAUUGAAUCAUGUACAAAACGGUGGUGCCUCGGAUAAUUUAAGUUUUCAAAAUGCAUUAAAACUAUAUGGUGAGGGAGAUCCUAACCUAAUACUUGAUCAAUUUGAUAAGACUUUUCUUAGUGAUUAUACUAUAGAAGAUGAAUACAGUAAUGAUAAGAAUAAUUAUUCACAAGAUUCACUUUAUGAUGAAAAGAGUCUUAUGAAAUAUGCAGAUUUUUACUUUAAUAAUGAGUUCAGAAGUAUUUAUUUUAAAUUUCAAACGGUUUAUCAAAAAAGGCAAUUUAUAAAUAAAUUCGGAGAUUUUGAAAUAGACUAUAAGAAUUCAGUGAGCCAGGAAAGAGAUAAGCAAAAAUAUGAACGAGCUUGUAGUUAUGAUAAAGAUGGUUUAAAGUGGAAAAUCCCCGUAUUGGGUGAAAUUUAAAUAGUCAAGCUUUUCGCAAUAGUGAGAAUACACAUAAAAAAUGUCCCUAAAAAUUGUAAACAAGUAAUCUUGAAUUAUUAUUGAGCGUUA